AUGAAGACCUCCGCCGUUCUCACCACCUUCGCUCUUGCUCUCCCUGCCUUCGCCGCACCCGUCACCGAGCGUGCCGCUCCCGCCGGUGCCUUUGGCGGUCUCGCCAUCCACUCUGGCUCCGAGAUCCAAUACGCCUCUGUCAACGCCGCGGAGUCCAAGUUCUGGCUCUUGAAGGACACCGAGACCUACUGCCCUGAUGUCGAGGGUGUCACCUGCUCCAACACCACCUCCACCCAGUUCGUCGGUGGCGACAACACCCUCAGCCUUGACACCGUUGUCCCCGGUGGCCAGCAGGUCUUUGUUGCCGCUGACGGUAGCCUCGGCUUCACUACCCCUCACUCUGCCUACACCGGUCCUGGUGCCAUUUCCACUGGCUUCAGCAUUGCUCAGGAAGGCCAGCACAUCCAGUUCCAGGGCCAGGACUUCUUUGCUUGCCCCAUUGAUGACCACUAUGAGGUUUACGCUGCUGCCAUUGCCAAGAAUGCUACUGCUUGCACUGGCUUUGCUUUCAGAGUUGCUGACAGCACUGCCCCUGCUGCUUGGGAGUACUCUUAA